AUGGUCCAGCAAUUGAGAACACCAAACAGUGAAGCAAUACAAGAGGAAGCGGAGCUAUAUCAAUCGUUACUCCGCACUAUCCGUGAAUAUGAGAAGAAACAGAGUCCAAACACCAACGAGGUUAAAAACAAAACCCAACCCGGAGACGGUGCAAAACUCAUUGAGGAAGCCCUGAAGGGUAAAGUGGAUCCGAAUUCUGACGUCGUCAAUCUUCUGGAGAGAAUGUUCGUGGAUGAAGGAAACAGACACGAUCUACAACCUGAAGGUAUUAACAAGAUUGCUUCCAAAAAAGGAAAGGUUUUUGGAGACACACAUGACAGCCAUAAACUGACACCGGACCAGAUAGAUGAAUUAAAGAGCGGG